CAUAGCCGUGCUACGACAGCUCGUGACUGCUUUGACUUAUUACAGGUUGGGCGCUACGUUCAUGUUAGGCGGCUCCUUUCUCUGUGGUCCAUGUAUUGUAAUGCCGCCAGGGCAUAUAUUCUCUAUAUAUUGUGUUGGCAUCGCGACCACAGAGAAUGGAGUCUGGCCGCCCGCGAAGCACGUGCCAACAGAACGGUCCUUCUGAAUCUCAAACUUUAUGAUACUCUUGACUCCGCUCAUUCGCGAAUCGGAAAGUCCAAUAUCCUACCUCAAUGGAUUCGCCUCUGAACAGCUUUCUGGAGAAUCGAUCUGCUGUACUCAAGAAGAAUUGCUGGGAGCGUAAUCUAUGGGACACGAUGCAACGUUCCACCUCAAAAAUGUCUGCCAAGAAACACCCUUUGAAGCUACUCGUCUGCCCUUCUCCUCAUAUCUCGCUGCUGCAGACUAGAGCCUUGCCGAUCUCUCAAAUCCACACGUGAUUCCUAUUGGUGGUCGCCUCUCUUCACCAGCCACAACUGCUGCACGCCAUGACCGGACGCAAGUCUCGCCCAGUCCGUAUAAAGAAUUCGCUACGUGUGCGUGAGGCAAGACACCGCCAAAGGUCGCUCACGGCCGGAAGUGUCGUGCAGUCGGAGAACAACGAUGAGGGGGAGUCGCUCGGGUUUCAAUCGAAGUCAUUCGCCUCGCGCGUCGAGGCCUUGUUUGCCGAGCGUGAUCGUAUCCUGGAGCACAACAGCGGGAGCGCGCUCAGGAUCUCGCACAUUGACGCAACCCUGGACGAUCUACUUCUUCAAAUACAGCGGGAGAUCCUGGGCAGGAAACUGAGGCUGGAAUUGUUGCAGCGCUCGAACGAGGCUCAGAGGAUCAUAUUGGGUGAUGUCGAUCAGACCAGCGUGACCGAGAGGCACGAGAUCAUGCAGUCUGUGGAGAAGAUCAAGGCUGCGGGACUGUACGGGAAAUGGUUGAAGGGCUGCUCGGUGUGAAUACGUACAGGAUAUGGCACGGCAUUGACGGGGACCUCAGGACACGACUAUUCAUUGGAUUCUUCUAUGACACGCUAUUUGAUAGGCGUGCCCUUAUAGCGCCUUAUAGCACCUUUUAUGAAAGAGUUCGACUUGGCAGAUCGACCCGCUAUGAUCUCUUUCGAGACAGUCAAUACUCGAUGCUGAUAAUUUCCAAAUUGAGAUCGCAGGAGGUGUUUGUCCAUGUUUACCGUGCGAACAUUGGCUGCCAACAACAGAAUUUCUUGAUGGAUUUCACUGUCUCUUCGCAUGUCGGGCGCCGCGACCCGGGGAUCCACGGCGUCAUUGAAGACACGGGGAAGGAGACCUGACAUCGCACCCCCGAUGAUUAUCUUUAGCGACUGGGUAUGUCAGUACCCGGUGACCGAAACACACUCGUCACAAGAAGAUUCAUCGAUAUCCCAUUCGCGACUCUGGUGCUUCUUUGGUCUCAGAAUUCAUUUGCGGUCUGCAGCGGGCAUGCCCCUCAUUGGGCUUAUGCGCUAGUUCGCACAGUGGAGAUCCACAGCCACCAUUCGGAGACUAUAAAGCCAGGGUAAAAGUUAGUCGCCGACGUAAUGUCAACUCCGGAAGCGGCACCCAGCUCUAUUCUGGUCUCUAUGUCGAUCGAAGCUACUGUUUUCAAAGGAUCUGCGGAUGGUGCCAUUGUUGAGGCGAAAGUCCAGCGCGACCCCCCGAAGGGAACCCAGGUCCUCGUGAAGAUCACACACUCUGGCAUCUGUGGGACCGACGAGCACUUCAAAACAUGCGAUAUGGUCCUUGGCCAUGAGGGAGUCGGGAAGGUUAUGGAGAUCGGGGACUCGGUGACCAAAUUCAAGACUGGGGAUGUCGUUGGAUGGGGGUACAUUCAUAAGACAUGUGGAAAGUGCCAUCAAUGUCUCUUGGGCGACGACCAGUACUGCGAGGACAAAGAGAUGUAUGGCACACACCACUUCGACCAAGGCUCGUUCGGCUCGAAUGCUGUGUGGGACGAGUCAUUCCUGUUUCUUAUCCCACCGGAAAUCGCGCCAGAACACGCUGCGCCGUUGAUGUGUGGCGGGGCCACCGUGUUCGAAGUCAUCGAAACAUACAACCUCCGCCCGACGGAGCGUGUUGGGGUCGUCGGGGUCGGCGGUCUCGGCCACAUGGCGAUCGAGUUCCUUUCCAAAAUGGGCGCCGCCGUUGUCGUCUUCUCCAGUACAGACAACAAGCGCGAAGAGGCGAUGCGACUGGGCGCGUCGGAAUUUCAUGCGACAAAAGGUCUCUCCAAGUUCGAGGGCGUCAAGCCCUUGGAUCAUCUGCUGAUCACGACAAGCUUUAUACCAGACUGGACUCCCUACAUCCGCAUCAUGCGACCCAGGGGUGGAAUCUUCCCCUUGACUGUGACCGACGGCAAUCUCGUCAUCCCUUCUACACCUGUAUUGACUUGGGGGAUCACGAUCCAAGGGACGGCCGUGGCCAGCCGCACUGUCCACGAAUCCAUGCUCGACUUUGCCGCCCGCAAUCAUAUCAAGCCGAUGGUUGAAUGCUUUCCGAUGACCAAGGCCGGUGUCGAGGAGGGAAUGGCACGUCUUCGAGAGGGGAAGAUGCGUUACCGCGGAGUCCUGGUUGCCCCGUCCGAGUAGAGAGAGCAUGGGCAUCUUAUGCACGUGUUCCAUGAUCAUGUAUUCCUCCAGCAUUUAAAACUAUGUAAACAGUCGAGCGCCAGAAAGACCGAACAAAGGUGACCAGUCGCCGUCUGGCCGUUUCGAACACUGCCAACAUGAUGUAUGGAUCUCGAAGAGCAUAGUCUGGGAGUUAUCAACGCCUUGGUUGAGUUCUGGAGAGAAAGGAACUCACGUCCUGGAAGUCCGCGAGAGGAAGAAUGCGAAGGAGCCCGCGAAAAGCGGGAUUCGAGACCCUGAUUGGGCCAAAAAGCUGGAAAGCUAUGAUACUGCGAUCCUGCUCAGAAUCUGUUCAGAUGCUAUUUAGAUAUGCCCCAUCUCGAAUAUGAACUCGAUU